AUGCAGAAUGUGGAGAGACGGCAAGGUGCAGAUGCGCUCUCCGCGUUUAUUGCUCAGGAGCAGGCCAUUUCCAUCCAGGGUGUGUUGUCCAACAUUGGCGGCCUGAACUCCAGCUUGGUAGAUGGUGCCAGCCCAGGUGUCGUUGUGGCUUCACCCUCGACAGUCAAUCCAGACUACUUCUACACGUGGACCCGAGAUUCUGCCCUGACCUAUACCAUGCUCAUCGACGAGUUGAUCUUCGGCAACCUGACAUUGCGAACAACCAUCGAGGACUACACGGCUGCUCAAGCGGUCUUGCAGACUGUCACCAACCCGUCUGGAUCACUGUGGCCGGCCGGAGACGGGCUCGGGGAAGCCAAGUUCUACGCGAAUUUGACCAGGUACGAUGGUACAUGGGGCCGACCACAGCGUGACGGACCGGCAUUGAGAGCUAUCGCGUUCAUGACACUGGCGCCUGUUCUAUUCCACCUGAACGAGACAGACCUGUACAAGCAGAUCUACUGGCCACUCGUUCUCAACGACUUGAGAUAUGUUGGCCAAUACUGGAACCAGACUGGCUACGAUUUGUGGGAAGAAGUCCAUGGGUCGUCCUUCUUUACGAUCGCGAACCAGCAUAAGGCUCUCGUCCAGGGAGCCCUCCUUGCGGAGCAGCUCAACACGACCUGCAGACCAUGCGCCCAAGCACCUCAACUGCUCUGCUUCUUGCAAAACAACUUCUGGAACGCCUCAGGGGGGUAUCUCACGGCCAACAUCAACGCAAACCAGGUCGUGCGUAGUGGAAUCAAUUCGGAUCCCAUUCUGGCCAGUAUUUCCGUCUUUGAUGCGAAUGCUACUUGCGACGCUGGAGACUUCCAACCGUGCAACUCCAAGGUCCUUGCGACGCAUAAAGCUCUGGUCGACAGCUUCAGGACGCUCUAUCCAAUUAAUAACAACGCAUCCGCUCCCAACGCCGUCCUGGUGGGCAGAUACCCCGAGGACACCUAUUACGGAGGCAACCCCUGGCCACUGUGCACUUUUGCCGCAGCAGAGGUGCUCUACGACGCGGUCCACCAGAUCAACCGCACGGGGACCUUGACUGUUGACAACGACAGCCUCGCGUUCUUCCAGGACAUAUCCCCGAACAUCACGGCAGGAAACUACACCGGCACUGCUCUAACCGGCAUUCUGGCUAAUAUGACGACAUAUGCAGAUGGCUUUGUCUCGGCAGUGCAGCAAUAUCUGCCCCCUAAUGGUAGUAUCUCCGAGCAGUUCAACCGCACGACCGGUGAAUCUACCUCUGCCUCCAAACUGACGUGGUCGUUCGCCUCCUUUGUCACUAUGGCUCGUCGUCGCGCGGGCCAAUAUCCCAACUCGUGGGGUGCGUGGCAUCCGCUAGCGAACACGAACUUGACUGCCGCGCAGUGUCGUGCGACCAGCUUCAACGCCACAGGGGCUUACACGCCGGCCCUCGCAGCCGGUGCUCCCAACAUCACCAAGGACUGCGCGUCCGAGGUCAUCUUUAGCGUCAAUACUUCGACCCAAUUCGGACAGAACGUCUACAUCCUCGGCAAUGUCACGAAACUGGGAGGAGCGUUGAACAACGCAGACAACAUCAUCUUGCCGCUCAAUACGGGAAAUAUCACGUCGGAUUCUCCGCAGUGGUAUGUUGACAUUUGGCUCCGUGCCGGCCAGACAGUGGGGUAUCAGUAUGUCCUGCAGAACGGGAGCGAUUGGGUCUUCGAAAGAGGACCUGUCAGGACGGUGAGGGUCCCUGCUUGCGGAAGUGGACGCCCCGUCAGGACGAGCGAUUCUUUCAGGUUUCCUUCUUCAUAG